AUGGCUUCAGCACAGCGGUGUCUUGCUCAUCUGAGCAGAAAUGCCCUUCACAGCUCGAUACGGCCGACUGUCGGUCGGACGCUCGCCCCCGCCUUGAUACCAACCCAGCAAAUCCGCUGCGCAAUCGCCGGCAAGGGCUACAAGAAAAAAGACGACAGCUCCAGCAAGAAGAAGAAGAAGUCUCGGACGAGCUUUAUCACUCACGACCUCAAGGAUGCUGAGCAAUUCGCUCUCCUGGAUGCGAUCCGGUACAUCCGCGCCUUCGAAGUCGGCAAGCACCCCACGUCGCCCAAGUACGAGCUCCACCUGAAGCUGCGCACGCUCAAGAACGGGCCGGUGGUGCGCAACCGGCUGCGGCUGCCGCACCCGGUCAAGACGGACCUGCGCAUCUGCGUGAUCGCGCCGCGCGACUCGCCGCAGGGCAAGGCGGCGCUGGCGGCCGGCGCGGCCGUCGUCGGCGAGGACGACGUCUUCGCCGCCAUCAAGGACGAGGGCCGCAUCGACUUCGACCGCUGCCUGUGCCACCCGGAUUCGCUGCAGAAGAUGAACAAGGCGGGCCUGGGCCGCAUUCUGGGUCCCAGGGGGCUCAUGCCUAGCGCGAAGAACGGCACCGUCGUCAAGGACGUGGCCGCGGCCGUCAAGGAGAUGGUCGGCGGUGCGGAGUACAGGGAGCGCUUGGGCGUCGUGCGGAUGGCCGUUGGGCAGCUGGCUUUCACGCCGGAUGAGCUGGCGAAGAAUAUCAAGGCCUUCAUCAACAGCGUGAAGAAGGAUAUGGCGCAACUGAGCGACCGUAUUUCCAAGGACAUUCAUGAGGUGGUGCUGAGCUCGACAAACUCGCCGGGAUUCAGCUUGAACGGUGAAUUCAGAGGACCCGACUCGCCAAAUCCGAAGGAUUUAGUACAUGCAUAG